AUGAGGAAUGAGGAAAUACAGAAUAAUCCAGCAGGUAGGAAAUAUGAAGAAAAAGAAUAUAUAAUACAGGAUAAUUCAGCAGGUAGGAAAUAUGAAGAAAGAGAAUAUAUAAUACAGGAUAAUUCAGCAGAUAAUAGUAGAAUGGGAUACAUUGGAGUUUUGUGGAAGUUGGUAAUACUGUUGGCGUUAACAACUUCAGUGUUUUCUUUAUCCUAUGGCAUUCGAAAAGUGGCAUUUGCAACAAACCAGUUUGGAAUGGACUUGUAUAGGGCUAUGAAUCAAGAGUCGAAUAACACUAACGUUGCCAUCAGUCCGCUUAGUAUUAGCACGGCUCUGGCCGCCAUGAUGAUCGGCUCGCGUGGAGACUCCACUGCUGCGCUUCGUCACGCCCUUUACCUCUGGGGAAUGUACCCGCAGGAAAUUCAUGGGGCUUUCUAUGACCUUCUGCACCACCUGUCGACCAAUCUUCAAGCCUCAGCAGCCCAUCGACACAACAAUGAAAGCGUUACAAACGAAUCUGUGAAUAACUUAUUGCUCUACAGUUCCAUGUACGUCCAAAGGGACUUCAGCGUCAGAUUCCCAUUCCAGAUGUUCUUACUCGGAUACUACAAUACCACUGUACACCCAGUGGACUUUUACGACAAUGGAGAAGAAACGAGAAACCACAUAAAUGCUGUAGUAUCCAAGGAAACGGCCGGUAAAAUAAAAGACAUUCUGCCCGAACUUCCCGCAAGAAGCACAACCAUGCUCCUUUUGAACGGAAUCCACUUUCGAGGAUUGUUGGACAUGAACGUAUCUGUGGUGGAAGAAGGGACCAAAGAAGUUGUCAACGGCGCGGUAGUGCUGGAAGCUAAGAAGGCCCGACUUCGGUACGGCGAGGACAAAUAUUUAAAUUGUACAGCCGUCGAAGUUCCCUUCAAGAACGAUUUCAUGUCAAUGGUAUUUUUACUUCCUAAUCAUCCAGAAGAUGUUGCUCUAAUAGAAAGAAGACUUUCUGCUCAGCGGCUCAGUGACGUCAUAUUUAACAUGGAAGUGAAAAGAGUGAAUAUACAGAUACCUCGAAUCACUCUGGAAGAAACAUACCAGAACUUGUCUCAUGCUCUUAGUUCCAUGGGACUCGCCAACAUCUUCACACCGGGAUAUGCUGGCCUGUUUGGUAUCAGCGACUCUCGCUGGCUCCAUCUGUCGGAUAUUGUCCACAAAAUCAACAUUGAGAUUAAAGAAGCCAAGAUCGAAACGGCACCAGAAACUUCUGGCGACAAUGCAGCAAUUGAUGUUAAAUUGGACAGGCCGUUCGUGUAUUUCGUUAUUGAUAAUAUCAGUGGUUUGAUAAUAACAUUAGGUAAAUUCUAUAACCAAUGA